UUGGUGAUGGGGAGUAGGAUAAACAAAAAUAAAAGAAACAAACUAAAAUUUGGCUCGUCAUUGCGUGCUUAGUGCAGGAGUGAUUUGUAAAAUUAUCUUAUUAAGCUAAAAUAGUACGGUUAGUGCUGAGUAGUACGGAUUAACAUUUACUGGAGGACGUUGUACAUUUAAAAACCGUAACAGCAACAGAAUCUAACCUACAAAAACAGUUCCGAUUGAUACAGUUAGUUCGUGAAACAAGAUAAAACCAUUUGAAUUGGUUUCGAGCUGAUAGCAAAAAAGCAGCGAUUUAAUUUCUUGAUCCCGGUACACCGACGUUACUGUCCGAUAAAAGAAAACUUAAUCUUCAAGCUGCUAUACAAGAAAGGCUGCUCUGAGGAUUCGUUUUAAUUAUCCGAACAUUCUUGAAGAUUAACGAAUCUUCGUGGACAAAACCUGGCAAUGUCGGAUCCGGCGAAUGAAACGCUGACGAAUGUCGAAAAAUCGACUGAAAAUCGGAACUGUAUGUACUGCGAGGAGGACGAUAGUGCGGAUAACAUGGUCCAAUGCGACAUGUGCAACUUUUGGAGCCACUAUCGGUGUGCAGGUGUCACUGACGCGGUGAAGAAAUUACCCUGGAACUGCAAGAAGUGCAGUAAUAUGCUGAACGUUCCGAAAAUAAGGAAACCGGUCAAGAAAGUUGUUUCCAAACGGACAGGCAGUGCCAAGAGCGAUGCCGGGUCGGACUCCGGAAGACUACGAGAAGGUCGAGUAUCCCUUCAAGAAUCCCUGAGUCUAUUGGAACAGGAAUCGGCUGCGAUCGAGCAGCAACUGGAGGAGGAACAAGUGUUGCAUGAUAGACGUUUGGCGCUUGAACGUUCUAUCAACGAAAAAAGAAGAGCGCUGCACCAAAGGCAGCAAGCGGAAAAGCUUCGGCAGGAAAAGGAGCAGUUGGAGUUGGAACUAGCGGAUCAUAAGGACUUCCUGAUCCGCCAGAAACAAAUGCGGGAUCAAUUCCAGAAGAUGAAAGCGGAUUUAAGUCGGGAAUUCGAAACGGAGAGCGAAAAUGAGUCGCAAGAUCCGGAUGUUAGUUCGGACAAGACGAAGCGCUGGGUGGAGAAGCAGAACGAUCCCCGUGGAGCUUACUCCAAGGAAGCUGCUGCCGUACCGAAGUUGCUCAAGGCCGGACGCGAGGCGUACAACGAACGGCAUGGUGUUAUAGUUCCAGAGCCAGAGAAAUAUGCUCGCUCGGUAAAACAACAUCAACAGGAACAGUUAGGAGUUUCUUCGAAAACUGAUAUCCGUCCAAAAUGGGAUACGCCGGUGAAAACGACUUCCGAACAACGUUUCAAAUUAUUAUUGGAACAGCGUUUGAAAGAAACCGGGUAUGGAUCCAGGGAGGAACCGGAAAUAAACGAACCGGAGGAUUUAGAGCUGAAGGAGCUGGAAGAGGCUUUCAUUAAGAAGUUGUUGGAGCGCAAAGGUAACUUUGAAUCGAGUGUACCAGCAUGUCACUUGAGUGCUGGACCAACCAAGGAGCAACUGGCUGCGCGUCAAGCUGCAUCGAAGCACCUUCCUACUUUCCGCGGAGAGCCCGAGGUCUGGCCACAGUUCAUAAGCUGCUUCGAAUACACUACAGCGGCUUGUGGAUUCACAAAUGUGGACAAUCUAAAAAGACUCCAGGACAGUCUACAAGGAUUGGCGAAGGAAGCUGUUCAAAGCAGAUUGCUCAUGCCCGAAUCUGUGCCGGAAGUGAUCGAGGAUCUGCGACAACUAUUCGGCAAUCCGGAGAAGCUGCUGAAGUCGCUUGUGACCAAAGUGCGGAAGGUGCCAGCCCCACGAGUGGACAAACUGGAAUCUUUUUUGUAUUUUGGGAUCACUGUCAAACAGUUGUGUGAUCACUUAGUGGCAGCGAAACUGCAGGAUCACCUGAGCAAUCCCAUGCUCGUUUCGGAACUGGUGAACAAGCUACCAUCCGAAUAUCAGCUGGAGUGGAUUCGUUUUAAGAGAGGUAAGAUUGGCCUUCCUCUCUGUAUGUUCGCCGAUUUUAUGAAUGGAAUCGUGUCAGAAGUUUCUGAACUGGCCGAUUUCAAGGGAGAGCAGAAAACCGUGAUGGAUGAAGGGAGAAACCGGUAUAAAAGGAAAGAGCGAGUGAAUGCUCACGAUGUUAAAGUGUUCCCGCCUUCGCAGAAUACUACACCCGUGAAAUCCAGAAGACCUUGCCCGAUGUGCAAUCGCACGGACCACAAAUUGCGGUUCUGUGACGACUUCGCCUCAAUCUCGUUGUUUGAUCGUCGAAAGCUGGUUGACAGGCUGAAGUUGUGCAACCUUUGCCUGAGUGACCAUGGUAAAAUAAAAUGUACUUUCAAGGUCCGGUGCGAGAUACGAAGCUGCAGAGGAGCACACCAUACGCUGUUACACUGCAAUGAAGAAGCCGUCAACGUCACCGUCGCUGAGUGUAAUCCACAUCAUAAGAGAGAUCGGUCAGUAAUCUUUCGAAUGAUACCGAUUACUCUGUACCAUGGGGGAAAUGCAGUCGAAACGUUGGCGUUCCUGGACGAGGGAGCUUCAACAACACUCGUUGAGAGCUCAUUAGCUGAUUCGUUGGGCGUCAAGGGUAUUCCGGAACCCCUGGUCAUCCUGUGGACAGGAAAUGUCAAGCGAACCGAAGAAAAUUCAGUAAAAAUCGACCUACUGAUAUCCUCGGUAGAUUCUCGACGGAAAUUCAUGCUGUCAUCCGCCCAUACCGUGGGAGAACUGAAGCUGCCAUUGCAGAAGGCGAGUUACGGAAACAUCGUAGAAAAGUAUCGACACUUAAGCGGAGUCCCUUUGUCGAGCACCAAGAUGGAGGUUCCCAGAGUUCUCAUCGGUCUUGAUAACCUACACUUAUUCGCCCCUCUGGAGUCCAAGGUUGGUGCCCCGGGAGAACCGAUUGCCGUGCGCUCAGCGCUGGGUUGGGCAAUCUACGGUCCCGACUUGAGAUCGGAACAGCGACAUAGCUACUUCAAUCACCAUCUGGUUCAGAGUUUGAAUAAUCGGGAGCUUCACGAUCUGAUGGCGGAGCAGUACGCUCAGGAGGAAUUGCCUUCACCGUUUGGUCAGUCUAUGGAAUCAGAGGAAAUACGCAGAGCCCGGGACAUCCUAGAAUCGACCACCGUCCGUGUAGGCGACCGCUUCGAAACGGGACUCAUCUGGAAACAGGAACCCGCCUUUCCUGACAGCUAUCCAAUGGCGUUGAAUAGACUGAGGAGUCUUGAGCGACGGUUCAACCGAGAGCCACAUCUGCAACGGAAUGUAAACCAACAGAUCGAAUACUACCUUACCAAAGGCUACUGCCACAACCCGCAUACCAAAAAACUAUAUCUUAAAUAAUCAAUACGAAACAUCUACGACUCUAGAAACAGUGAUUAUUUCGGUGAACGUAGUUAUUAUUUUAAACUUUACUUCGACAACGAUAAGAACGAAAUAUGAACGUCCAUGUGAAUAAGUGAUGGUACCUGUAAAGGUGAAUGAAGGUUUAAACGAUUUACUUCAAUUUUAUUAAAAAAUCGUAAAACUGUUCUCGAACCUUUACGCAUAGCGUUCAUGUCACAUGUCAAACUCACGUCAAAAAUGACCGAAACGCGGGUCAGAGAUGCCAGGUGGUUUAAAAAAAAAAUUAGCACUGAUUUGUGAAAAUAUAUUUUCAAUAUAUUUAUUUGUUGAUUUACAUUCAAAAAUAUUGUACAUAUUUUAACCCUUUUACCGAACGAAUAUGUAUUGAUCUAUUCGUGCAUUCUUAAUCAUCUCAAUCAAUCCUCAAUAACCCUUUUUCAUUUUCACAUUUAUAUUCAAUUUAAUUUUCGUUAAAAAAUAGUACAUAACAGACAUUUAGGUUUAUUCACAAAUAGUAUAGUAUACUAAAGUUUAUUAUAGGCUCAUUAUAUAAAAUCUUUUCCCUUUUUAAUUGUUACACAAUGCUUCGAGAAUGAAUUAUUAUAUUAAACUCAUUUUAAAAAAAGUUAAAACUUUAAAAUAAUUCAAUCUGGCAUCACUGUGUGGUUGGGCGCGCACUUUCAAAACAUUUGUUUUGUUUUGCCCGGGCAAAUUUAUCUGCGUUUCGUGCUUUUCACCGGCGUCACGGCCAGUUUCCAGCAGUCAGACCCGAUUGUGUCGGUUCCUUUUAAGCUGUCGGAACAUCAACUCUCGUACAAUCGUGAACCAAACGACGAUAGCGGAACAGCGAUAAAGGAUAGAGGAACAGCGAUAGCACCUUUUCGCUAUAACCGAAUGGGACCGUCGCUGGAAAUUUCAGCCAUUGGACGACGAACUCGCGAUACCAGAUGGUAGAAUUUAGCGCAGGAACAAUGAUAACACCAAUUCGCUGCCCCUGUUGUCGGAUGGGAUCUUUGUUGGCGAUCCCUUGCAAUCACUUACAAAUUUUAGGCGGAUGACCGUAGCCGAUCGAUACCUAAUUAGAUGAAAAUGUAAGUAAUCUGAAUAAAUAAUUUCAU